UCAUAUCAGUUGGAGAGAGACAUGAUCAACCAACUUCCCAAUAGUAUUCUUGGCACCAUCUUGUCAUUUCUCAAUCUGAGAGAAGCAGUGAGAACUAGUGUGCUCUCAACCAGAUGGAGGAAGAUUUGGACUACAUCUCUCUCAGUCCUCAACUUCGGUGCAGACAAUAUGCUUGGCAAAAUUCAGUACUCUGACACUGAUCAUAGUUUUGGACCUUAUGGCUGGAGGGUUCACCGAGGUGACAGAUUAUCAUUUCUUAGGAAAAGAAGGCAAGCUUUUGUUGAUUCUGUGAACUAGUUUUUGAAAUUUUUUGAUUCUGAACAAAACUAAGAAAACUCAAGGUUUUCUUCAAUAUUUGCUCCGGUAAGAACAACAGUGAUCUUGAUAAUUGGAUUACUUGUGCUACUGACAAAGCGGUUUGGGAACUUGAUCUUUGUUUGUUUGAAAGGAAAUAUUAUAAUGCAUAGGAUGAUGAUGAUUAUGAUGAUAAUGGUGAUCCUUUAAUCCAUUAUUUUUGUCUUGAUGCUUAGACCACUAGACCCUUGUGUAGAUUGUAUGAUUUUCCCUAUCAUCUUCUUUUUGGCCAUGGUGAUUGGGAAUGCAAGGGAAGUAAGUUCAACAUUGAGGUGCCUGAGAUUGGAACAAUGUAAUUUGGCUUCAAAAAACCUCAAUUUUCUUG